AUGGAUCGUAGAUCCCGAGCUCAGCAAGGGCGCCGAGCUCGCCACAAUUACAACGAUCUGUGCCCUCCCAUAGGCCGCCGGGCAGCCACCGCACUCCUCUGGCUCUCCUGCUCCAUCGCGCUCCUCCGCGCCCUCGCCACCUCCAGCGCCCGCGCCCAGCAGCGCGCGGCUGCCCAGCGCCGGAGCUUCCUUAACGCCCACCACCGCUCCGCCGCCCAGGUGUUUCCCGAGCCCCCCGAAUCUGAUCACGAGCACGGGGUGGCAGAUCUCGAGCUCUCCCUCCCCGAGUGCCUAGAGUACGAGGAAGAGUUCGACUACGAAUCCGAGACCGAGACCGAGUCUGAAAUCGAGUCCGAGACCGACUUCGAGACCGAGCCUGAGACCGCCCCCACCACUGAACCCGAGACCGAGCCCGAGGACGAGCGCGGCCCCGUGGUGCCCAAGCGCCCCACCUUCGACCAAUCUCUCACCGAGCGUCUCAACGCACUGAGGUUGCAGAGCCCCGACGCCUCCCCGAGUCGUGCGCAGCCCAGCACUCAGGAGUCUGAGAGCCCCAGACAAGGGGAGGAGCCCGAGCCCGAGGACAAGGAUCCGAGGGACCCCGAAGAGUCUGAGGAGCCAAAGGAGAAGAAGCAGCAGCGCCGCUGCAAGCCGAAGAAGCCCACCCGCCGCGACCCAUCCCCGGAGUCUCCUUCCAAAAGGGGACCCAUCCCCAUCCGGCGUCACUAAUGGAGGACGCGCUCCAGGUUCUCCUUGUUUUCUUUG